AUGACCACCAGCGGCAUGGACAUGGACUGUGAGAGGUGCGAGUACCACAGCGAAGACAAGCACACUGCCAUCCUCUACUCCCUCCUCAGCCAAAACCUCAACCACAGCCGGGGCAGCCGCAGGCCAGCCCACCAGCGCUGCCUCUGCCACCAGCGCCGGACCGUCUGCCUCCGCACGCCCCACGUCACCUGCCAGGCGGCCUCCAAUGUGCUGGUAAAAACCAUCAGCUUCAUGAAAAACCUCCCUUCCUUCCACCUGCUGCCGCGAGAGGAUCAACUCCUGCUGCUGGACAGCUGCUGGGUUCCCCUUUUCCUCCUGGGGCUGGUCCAGGAGAUGGUGACCUUCGAGGUGAUGGAGACCCCGGCCCCCAGCAUGCUCAAGAAGAUCCUCCUCGAUGGCCAAAGCAAAUGUCAGGAGCCCGAGAGGACGCAGCCCACGCGCCGCCUGCAGUGCUGCCUGAACACCUUUUGGAGCCUGGAUCUGAGCCCCAAGGAAUACGCCUACCUGAAGGGAGCCAUUCUCUUCAAUCCCGAUGUCCCUGGGCUGAGGGCCUCCCUGUACAUCGAAAGCCUCCAGCGGGAAGCACAGAGAGCACUUCAGGAGGUCCUGCAGCCCCUGCACCCCGAGGAUCAGGGCCGCUUUGCCCGCAUUUUGCUGAUCGCCUCCACCUUAAAAUCGAUCCCUCCCGCCCUCAUCACGGAUCUCUUCUUCCGACCCGUCAUCGGCAACGCGGACAUCGUCGAGCUCAUUGCAGAAAUGCUGUACGAAAUAACCAGCAGGCAGCUGGCUCCCGUGGCACGCGUGGCGUGCUGA